GAGUGUUUUCAGCAGACAGCAGCGGACAUUAGAUCAGACUUUACACUGAACAAUUAAACAACAUGCUUCACACACUUGUUUUGUUCUGCUUGUUCUGUUUGUGCUGGAUGAGUCUGAUGGGUGUGUUUGGGGCUGAAACAAAUGGAAUACAAUCAGUGUAUUUGAUUGAGGGAGAUUGUGUCACUCUAAACACUGAUGUGACUGAAAUACAUGAAGACAAUGACGUACUGUGGAAUUUUGGAGCCAACAACUCUAUGAUAGCUCAAAUAAAUAAAAAGAAGCAAAUCUUCUCCACAUAUGAUGAUGGUCCUAAUGAGACACUCAAAGAAAGACUGAAACUGGACAAACGGACUGCAUCUCUGACCAUCACAAACAUCACAACUGAACAUGCUGGACUUUAUAAACUACAGAUUAGUGGAGCAAAACUGCUAUCGAAAACAUUCAGUGUUUCGGUCUAUGCUCGUCUACAUGCUCCUGUCAUAAGCAGUAACUCUUCACAAUGUUCAUCAUCACAGCAGAAUUGUUCAUUGUUGUGUUCAGUGGUGAAUGUGAGUCAUGUGACUCUCUCCUGGUACAAAGGAAACAGUUUAUUGUCCAGCAUCAGUGUGUCUGAUCUCAGCAUCAGUCUCUCUCUACCUCUGGAGGUGGAAUAUCAGGAGAAAAACAGCUACAGCUGUGUGAUCAACAAUCCCAUCAGAAACCAGACCACACAUCUGGACAUCAGCAAACUCUGUCAACCAUGUUCAGCACUGGACUCACAUUCUCCUUUACAAGAAGACGCUCCUCUAAUAGUGUUGAUUUCUGCUCCUGCUGGAUCUCUGUUGAUUGUGGCUGUAAUUGGCAUAUUUUGCAUCUACAGGAAAUGUAGAAGAACCGAUCAAGAAGGCAAGUGUUUUCUACUGAUUUGA